UUUUCGUACUACGGAGACGCAAAAAAUGGCUGAUUUGCCUGCAGAUCGAAUACAGCAAAGUGAGCAGCCAUGGGUGAGUACCGGGGUAGAUUAUUUUGGACCAUUCUAUACCAAGAGAGGGCGUGGACAGGUCAAACGUUACGGUGUCAUUUUUACAUGCUUGGCCAUUCGCGCCGUCCACCUGGAAGUAGUCGAAAGUUUGUCGUCCGACUCUUUUAUAUGCGCCCUCAAGCGCUUCGCGGCCAAGCGGGGCUCACAAAUAAGAAUCAUGCGUUCUGACAACGGGACAAAUUUUGUGGGAGCGGAUCGUGAGCUGAAAAAAGAGCUCGAGUUUCUUGUUCAGCAUGAGGCCCAAAUUCGGAGAGACUUGAUAAAUCGAGGUAUUGAAUGGCGUUGGAACCCCCCUGGUGCCUCUCACUUCGGAGGCGCAUGGGAGCGAUUGAUUAGGAGUGUUCGUAAGAUACUGAGCGGUUUACUCAGGGAGCAAACAUUUACUGACGAAACACUAACCACAUUCCUUUGUGAAGUGGAAAGCAUUAUGAAUAAUCGACCCUUGGUACCAGUGACAAGUGACCCUCGAGACGACCUGCCGCUAACGCCCAAUCACUUGCUGCAUUUACGUUCUGUUUUGCUACCAGCCUCAAUGGUGACAGAUAUAGAUGCGUUUAGCAAAAAGAACUGGAAACGAGCAUCGUUCCUUGCAGAGCAGUUUUGGCGACGUUGGCGUGCGGAAUAUCUCCCAUUACUUCAGCCAAGGGCCAAGUGGUCAAGGCUCCAGACAAAUUUGCAGGUAGGCGAUGUGGUGCUUAUUGUUGACAGUUCAGUUCCGCGGGGUGUGUGGCCUCUUGGCUUGAUAGAAGAGGUCAGAACAAGCACUGACUCGAGGGUACGAUCCGUCAAAAUCCGGUGUAAAGGUACCACGAUUUGGCGGCCUGUUCAAAAGCUAGUUAAAAUCACGGAAAGUUAAAAAUCUCUCAAUCUGAAUAAAUUUGAUCCCAUAGUAUCAAAUGGGCCGGGUGUUAAAGCCGAGUAUCUUUUUAUGUUGGCUGCAAAAUGGAUCUUAAUCUGUCGAGUUUUUCUUCUGUUGGCAGGUAUCUUAUGUUAACGGCACAUGUGUUAUAUAUAUAUUUUUAGCGUUUGUCUCGUGAGGUCAGAUUUAAUUUGCUGAUUCAAUUGUUGUUUCGUUGGCCAGAGAUUAUGUUAUUUUUCUAGGUUUUGGUAUCGCUUUUUUGUCAUUUUUAUGUUUUAUGCUUUUGCGUCCGUUUACAAAAUCACCAAAGGACAGUGAGCGGGUGAGCGGCGCGAAGCGGGACGAAUUGAACGAACUUGAACGAACGAACCUGAACGAACGAACGAACCUGUACGAACGAACGAACUUAUACGAACGCGCUUAUACGAACGCCAACGAACGAUAAAUCGGCGGUGUCAAGUUCUUGCCGGUGGCUGCAGACCUGAAACAAUCCAAAACCGUUUUUAAAUACAAUGAGUAUUGGAUCCUGAGGCUCCACCGGUAAAA